AUGGCAGCCGAUCUGGGGGACCCCAAAACUCCCGCGUCCCCCCCCGCCCCCCCAAAACGCUUCUUCCGCAAGAGCGUGGAGGUGUUGGAGGAGGAGGAGCGGGGCGAGCGCGGCGGCGACCCCGGCCCGCGGGGCGACCCCCGGCUCGGGGGGGGCGAGGAGGGCGAGGAGGAGGCGGAGAUGAAGGCCGUGGCUACCUCGCCCGGUGGCCGCUUCCUCAAGUUCGACAUCGAGCUGGGGCGAGGCGCCUUCAAGACGGUCUUCAAGGGCUUCGACACUGACACCUGGGUGGAGGUGGCCUGGUGUGAGCUGCAGGACCGCAAGCUGACCAAGGCGGAGCAGCAGCGCUUCAAGGAGGAGGCCGAGAUGCUCAAGGGGCUGCAGCACCCCAACAUCGUCCGCUUCUACGACUCCUGGGAGUCCUCGCUGCGUGGCAAGAAGUGCAUCGUCCUCGUCACCGAGCUCAUGACCUCGGGCACCCUCAAGACGUACCUCAAGAGGUUCAAGGUGAUGAAGCCGAAGGUGCUGCGGAGCUGGUGCCGGCAGAUCCUGAAGGGGCUGCAGUUCCUGCACACGAGGACGCCGCCCAUCAUCCACCGCGACCUCAAGUGUGACAACAUCUUCAUCACCGGCCCCACCGGCUCCGUCAAGAUCGGCGACCUGGGGCUGGCCACGCUCAUGCGCACGUCCUUCGCCAAGAGCGUCAUCGGGACCCCCGAGUUCAUGGCCCCCGAGAUGUAUGAGGAGCGCUACGACGAGUCCGUGGACGUCUACGCCUUCGGGAUGUGCAUGCUGGAGAUGGGCACGUCCGAGUACCCCUACUCCGAGUGCCAGAACGCCGCCCAGAUCUACCGCAAAGUCACCAGCGGCAUCAAGCCGGCGAGUUUCCACAAGGUGACGGACCCCGAGGUGAAGGAGAUCAUCGAGGGCUGCAUCCGGCAGAACAAGGCUGAGAGGUUGUCCAUCCGGGACCUGCUGGACCACGCGUUCUUCGCCGAGGACACGGGGCUGCGCGUGGAGCUGGCCGAGGACGACGCGGGGCUGGACCCGGCGCUGGCGCUGCGGCUCUGGGUGGAGGACCCCAAAAAGCUCAAGGGCAAGCACAAGGACAACGAGGCCAUCGAGUUCAGCUUCAACCUGGAGGCUGAUGUCCCCGAGGAGGUGGCCUAUGAGAUGGUGAAAUCCGGGUUCUUCCACGAGAGUGACUCCAAGGCCGUGGCCAAAUCCAUCCGGGACCGGCUGGCGCUGGUGAGGAAGACGCGGGAGAAGAAGCAGGCGGAGGGCAGGGGGGGCCCCGAGAGCCGGGGGGGCCCCGAGAGCGAGGACACCGAGGUCGAUCAGCACGUGCGGCAGCAGCUGCUGCGGGAGCAGCCCCCGCCCGGCCCUGCUGAGGGGAUCCUGGACAACGUCCCCCCACCAGAUGUCCCCGGUCCCGGCGGUGUCACCGGAGCACCUGAGCAGCUCUGGGGGUACCCACAGGGACCCCAGGAUGGGGUGUCCCCCCCUGUGCCACCACUGGUGACCCAGGGGACCGAGGGGACAGCAGAAGAUGGCACCGGAGGAGCCACCACAGAGCCACCUGGGCCUGAGGGAGACCCCUGCAGCUGUGGCGGGGGCUCGGUGACAGUGGGGACACAGCCACAGGUGGCACCUGGGGCACCAGGGCCCGGCAUGGCACAGAGAGUGGCAGCGGGGGUGGCACUGCCAGCUGCGGGGGUGACAGCGGCUCCUGGAGUGUCACCAGCGCAAGGGGUGCCACCUCCUACUGGAGUGCCACCGGCCCCGGGGGGGACACCCACUCUGGGGGGGACACCCGCUCUGGGGGUGCCACCUCCAGCUGGUAUGCCACCAGCUCCAGGGGUGACACCAGCCCAAGGGAUGUCACCAGCUCCAGGGGUGACACCCGCCCAAGGGAUGUCACCAGCUCCAGGGGUGACACCCGCCCAAGGGAUGUCACCAGCUCCAGGGGUGACACCAGCCCAAGGGAUGUCACCAGCUCCAGGGGUGACACCCGCCCAAGGGAUGCCACCAGGAGUGGCACCCCAAGCUGGGAUGCCACCACAGUUGGUCCCUAUGGUGCAGCUGCAGCCAGGCCUUGGAAUGCCACCAACAACCCCUGGGAUGCCACCAGGUCCAGGAAUGCCACCAGCCCAGGGGAUGGCACCACAGCCAGUCCCCACCAUGCAGCCACAGCUGGUGCCAGGGAUGUCACCAGCUCCAGGGAUGCCAACAGUGGUGGGGAUGUCAGCAGCUCUGGGGGUGCCACCACUGUCCAUCAUGACACCAGUCAUGGGGAUGUCACCAGCCCCGGAGAUGCCACCUCCAUCCAUGAUGCCACCAGCCCAAGGGAUGCCACCUCUGUCUGUGAUGCCACCAGUCAUGGGGGUGUCACCAGCCCCAGGGGUGCCACCUGCCCAAGGGAUGCCACCACCAUCCAUGAUGCCACCAGCCUCAGAGAUGCCACCACCAUCCAUGGUGCCACCAGCCAUGGUGAUGCCACCAGCCCAAGGGAUGCCAGCUCCACCCAUGAUGCCACCAGCCCAACGGAUGCCAACUUCAUCCAUGAUGCCACCAGCCCCAGGGGUGCCACCUCCAUCUGUGCUGCCACCAGCCAUGGGGAUGUCACAAGCUCCAGAGAUGCCACCUCCAUCUGUGCUGCCACCAGCCAUGGGGAUGUCACAAGCUCCAGAGAUGCCACCACCAUCCCCGAUGCCACCAGCCUUAGGAAUGCCACCGGCCCCAGAGAUGCCACCACCAUCCAUGAUGCCACCAGCCAUGGGGAUGCCACCAGCCCCAGAGAUGCCACCACCAUCCCCAAUGCCACAACCCCCGAUGCUCCCUGGCCCCGAGGACCCCUCGGUGCCCGCCGAGGCCGCGUCCCUGCUGCGUGUCCCCGAUGUCCCUGAAGUCCCCGGGCCGCGUGCCCGGCAGCGCCGCGCGUCGUGCCAGCGCCCCGCCCGCUUCCAGCUCACCGUGCUGCAGGUGUCCUCAGCUGGGGACAACACGGUGGAGUGCCAGCUGGAGACCCACGACAGCAAGAUGGUCACCUUCAGGUUUGACGCGGAUGGGGACGCGCCCGAGGACAUCGCCUGCUACAUGGUCGAGGACAACUUUGUCCUGGAGGGGGAGCGGGACAAGUUUGUGGAGGAGCUCAAGGCCAUCGUGGAGCAGGCACGGGGGCUCCUCGGGACCCCCGCCCCGGACCCCCAGGUGGGACCCCUGGAGCCGCCAGUGGGUGGGGAAGGCCCCCCCCAGUCGUCGCCCGUGGGGCGCUGGAGGUUCUGCAUCAACCAAACCAUCCGGAACCGCGAGGCCACCGGUCCUGGGGGACCCCCACCCACCCGGAGAGCCCUGGGGACAUCCCAGGGGGGUCCCCAAGGACAGGGGACAAACAAGAGUGGAACGUCAGAGCAGGAUGGGCCGGGGGGGCCGAAGAUGGGGGUCCCCAAAGCCCAGGACCUGGAUGUCCCCCAGGGCCAGGGGUCGGCUGUCCCCAAACUGGAGGAGCUGGGUGUCCCCCAGGCUUUGGGGACAGCUGUCAUCGGUCCCCAGGAGGUGGCUGAACCCACAGCACCAGAGAGGAUCAACCCCGAACCCCAAGAUCUGGGGGCUCCCCAGGGCUCGGGGCUGAGUGUCCCCAGCCCUGGACACCUGGACAUGGCUGACCCCAAACCUCCAGAGCUCAAUGGCCACCAAGAGCCCCUCGUCCCUGGGGAUGCCGAGCCAGGUGUCCCCCAGGAACAGGGGACAGUCACUGCCCCAUGGGAGCAGGAGGGACCCAGGGAACCACCCGACCCCCCAGAGCCGGAUGUGUCCCAAGAGCCAGGUGACCCCCAAGGACUGGGGACAUUUGUCACCGGUGCUUGGGGGCAGGAGGGACCCCCGGGACCAGAGGCCGUGCCCCCCGCCCGCCCCCCGCCCGGGGGUGCCUCGUUCCCGCUGGGGCUCUGCCCCCGCCUGCGCAGCCCCCGCAAGGGCUGGGGGCGCCGCAUCAAGAGCUGGGCCCGGCGCCUGCGCCCCCCCUCCGGGGGAGGGGACCCCCACACAGAGGAGCCAGAGGAACUCGGGGACCCCUCAAGGCGAGGGCACUGCCAGGUGGGUGUUGGGGACCCCAAAGUGCCCCAGGAACCCUAAAACUGCCACAGGAACCCCCCACAGAACUGCCCCAGAGACCUCAGAACUACCCCAAGAGACCCCAGAGUUAUCCCAGGGACCCCAAACCACCCCAGAGACCCAAAUCUGCCUCAGGGACCCCCCCCAAACUAGCCCAAGGAAUCCCCAAAACUGCCCCAGAGACCCCAAAACUGCCCCAGGGACC